GAGAUUUUGCACUUGUAAAAGCACAAUAUGAAGCUGGGGCUGAGUUGUCACCUUUUAUUUGCUAUUUUAUUGCUAUUUAGUACUUUCCUGCAUAUAUACGGAAAAGGUGGAAGAGGUGGUGGCGGAAGAAGUGGUGGAGGUAGCAGAUCCAGUGGGGGUUACUCUUCUUCUAGUAGCAGAUAUUCUUCAUCCAGUAGCAGGUAUUCAUCAUCAAGCGGCGGAUAUCCGUCUUCAUCAAACUCCAGAUAUUCUCCAUCAUCCAGCGGCGGAUAUCCGUCAUCAAGUAGCAGAUAUUCUCCAUCAUCAAGUGGUGGAUAUCCGUCUUCAUCAAGCUCCAGAUAUUCUCCAUCAUCAAGCGGCAGAUAUCCGUCUUCAUCAAGCUCCAGAUAUUCUCCAUCAUCAAGCGGCGGAUAUCCAUCGUCAGUUAGCAAAUAUUCUCCAUCAUCAAGCGGUGGAUAUCCGUCUUCAUCAAGCUUCAGAUAUUCGCCAUCGUCAAGCGAUGGGUAUCCCUCGGCAUCUAGCUCCAGAUAUUCUCCAUCAUCAAGCGGCGGGUAUCCAUCGUCAAUUAGCAAAUAUUCUCCAUCAUCAAGCGGUAGAUAUCCGUCUUCAUCAAGCUUCAGAUAUUCGCCAUCGUCAAGCGAUGGAUAUCCCUCUGCAUCUAGCUUCAGAUUUUCUCCAUCGUCAAGCGGCGGAUCUUCAUCUGGAUCAAGCUUCAGAUAUUCUUCAUCACCAAUAUGGCCAUCAACAGAUAUUAGAUAUUUUCCAUCAUCAAUUACUAGAAAUUCUCCGUCACCAAACACCGGAAAAUCACCUUCUUCCAGCGUCAGUGAUAGAAAAUGGGACACUCUACUAUCCAACAUUGAGAAGCAGAGUAAAUUGGAUGCCGAAAGAGUCUUCGCCCGCACUAGGUCCAAACCAUCUUCAAGACCGUCUUUUUAUAAUCCCGGUUCAAAACUGACACCACCUCCGUAUAGUCCUGCCAAUAAACAACCAGCAUUCAACCCCAACUUCAAAGAACCGAACCUAGGACCUGCACCACCUUCAUAUCCAGGACUACAGCAUGCUUCCCAACCUGCAUACAACCCCAACUUCAAACAACCCAAUCGAGGACUUGCACCUCCUGCUUAUUCUGGGAUACAGCAUGGUUCCCAACCAGCGUACAAUCCCAACUUCAAACAACCCAAUCAAGGAAUUGCCCCACCUUCAUAUUCAGCACAAAGCUAUCAAACAGGUCAACAUAACAGUUUGAAGCCUGGUGUUUCCUCUUUCCCAAAUCCUGGCGGCCAUCUUCAACAGCCAUAUCCUGUCCAAUCAGGAAUGCCAAAGCCCUAUCCAGUGCAGCCGGGAUUACCUUUGGGAGCUAACGUUUGGCGCGGACAACCAGGCAUUCCUGCUCCUGCUUAUAUGAAUUAUGGAGGUCUGCCAACCGGUACCAACAUGCAUGUCAAGCCUCACAAGAAGAAAGGGUUCUUAGGCUCUUUAAUGUCUGUAGGAAAGCCUUCUUAUGGGAAACCUAAACACUACAGCUCGUUCCCCAGUCCUUACGGAAUCGGUGGCUUCGGAAGUACAGGAUACGGAGGUGGUUUAAAUACUUUCUUAGGAAAGCAUAGCAAUAAAGGCACUAUGUAUACUAUACUGCCGUACAUGGCUGAUAAAAAGAUGAGAAAGAUAUUCAAACCCAAAAUAGGGUACCAUCCCGUAUUUUUUCAUCGAUAUCCUCACCAUCAUCAUCAUCACCAUCAUGGUUCUUAUGCGCAUGAUCAUGCAGAUGAGAUUGAGCACUAUAAGAAUGUAGAAAGCGUGAGAUAUGCUGGUCAGUGCAAGAGUCCUAUACGUCCCAAAAGCAGUGUUAUGGCUUGCAAUUCAACAGUUAAUGAAAUAAACUGCCAAGUGAACUGCUCGCACGGAUAUGCGUUUCCUGACAAAAGUACAAGUAAAACCAACAAAUGCUGGCACAUGACUGGAGUGUGGAGACCAAUGAAGAAUUUUCCCGCAUGUGAACCUGUAUGCAACCAGAGCUGUUUGAACGGCGGCAAGUGCAUCGGCCCAGAUCUGUGCGGAUGCCAGCCCGACUACAGGGGUCCUCGCUGCGAAUUUCAUUACUUGAAAUGCGAUAUUCACAAGUGGGCAGGCAGUUCAAAUAUCAGCUGGGUCUGUACCCAUAGGAGGAAUGAGACUACAUGCCGGGUCAAGUGCAAGCCUCCUGGAAAAUUUGCAAACGUAACUAAUACAGUUCAAAACUAUCACUGCAAUAUUAUUGGAACAUGGACGCCAAGCUCCUUACCUGAUUGUGUAAUAAAAGAAAUUACAACAGAAAGUGUGACGACAACAGAGAAGGAGGUAACACAAUCAACCACAUUGCAAGUGGAUGAACUCAGUAUCAUACAAGAAAUUUUAUGACAAAAAAAAGAACUUCCCCUCAAAAGAAAUAGAAAUCAGUGCUUCAUUUCUCUUUCGACUGCUGUACAAAACUGAAAUGCUAAAUAAAAUACAUUUUGA